AUGACCCGCAACGGCAACGAGGAUAUCCUCGGAAGAUUUACGGUGUGUCCCCGUCGUCCAUCCCCAUCAUCGUCUUCCGAGAUGGUGCUAGGCUGGGUCCACUCGCCAUCGGAACCAUGGAAGCUUUCCAGUCUAUGCAUCACGGUCCAGGCACUGGAGCAGAACGAUCUUGACAUGCUUGGCAAGUGUGGUGCUCUUCGGUUCCUUGAUUUGCAGGUUGAAGGAGACACAAAAAAGGGGUUCAACAUUACAGUUAGUGGCGAGGCUUUCAAGCGUCUGGUAGACUUCAAGUUUGCAAGUCGCGCAAGGAGCCGAGACAGGACCCAGGCCGCCAGGGCUCAGGGCGUGGAGCUGGAAGGCGGUCCGGGGCCUGCUGCACCACGGGAACCGGUGCUCAAGUUUGAAGAAGGCGUCAUGCCUGAACUUGAGACGCUUUCGUUGGGCGUACAUGUUCCUGUUGGUGAUUCAGUGGACCUGGGCUUGCAGCACCUCGCCUCCCUCAAGACGGCGCACAUUAGGAUCGACUGUAGCGAUGCCACGGUUUGGGAGGUGAGCAAAGCAGAGGCUGCCCUGUGGGUCGCAGCCAACCAGGAUCGACGGGAACCAGUGACCCUUGACUUCCCCCGAGAUUUCGAGACUCAGAUGAAGAAUGAUUGCGAUACACACGCCGAGAUCGGUCUAUGGGGUCCGGAAGAAGGGGGCGAGGGGUACAACAAGGAUGGGGACGACGAGAGACCCCAUCGUCUGGAGAAUGUGACGGUGUGGACCGGCAAAGUCGUAGACGCCCUUGAGUAUUCCUACCUCGACUGUUCUGGCAACCUUCGGUCUAUGGAUAGGAAUGAUGCUCGGUGGGGCAGUCGCGGCGGGGUACGAUAUAAGUUCAAGCUCGGACCGGAGGAGUUCCUCGAGCGAGUUUCCGGGACGAUCGGCCGGUACCAGCACGGAUCAGAAGUUCUGACAAUUAUAACGUCGCUCACCUUCGUUACCAAUCUAUGCCAGCACGGACCUCUUGGAGUAGAAAGGGGGCAUCAUUUCCACAUCCCACGGCAGGGGGACGGCAGAAUUACGGGCUUCUUUCUCCGUGCUGGCAAGUUCGUGGACGCCAUCGGUGUUUAUAUCUGCGCAGGCCCGCACUGCGUUUCCAGUGUAACAGAUUUACUGACAAAUACCUCCUCCUAGCUCACUCGUGAAAUAGUUGUUCUAUUUGAUUGCAAAUGAAAAACGCUGAAGAAGACAAUCUUUCGAUUUGAUACAGGUAUGAGAUCGCAUAACCCAUACCCACAUAUUCAUGUACCCAUAUAAUAAUAUAACAAGUGGGUCUCUAUCAUAUGAUUUACUUGCGUACCUAUCAUUAUUAUUUAUAUAUUUCCAGUAGGCGUCUAGGCCAAAACUUUAUUAAAAUACUUAAUUUGUGGCCUUAUUUGCAACAAACUUACAUUUGUACUGUGACAGUGAGUUUUUGAACUUCAAAUGUAUGACUAUAUGAUGGUGUUUUGUUUUGUUGUGUUUGUUUAUGAGAACUAGAUGACCCGUUGUCGCGUAAAA